GACUGCUAGCAGCUAGUUAAGACAUCAAGGUGGUCCUCAAAAACCAAAGAGGCAAGCAAGCUGGGGAUCAGGGAGAAGAGAAACUAUCAAACCAGGCAAAGCAACGGAAACAGAAGAUGAAUAUGGUAGAUAAGGAAGCAGCUCCAACCUCUCCAAUGGAAGUGGUGGGGAUGGGGCCCAGAGACGAAGAUGGGAGCAGCAGCAGCAGCUUGCGGACGGCAGAGACGUUGCUUCGGCUGCUGCCAAUUGCUCCUUGCGUGGUGGCUCUUGUGGUCAUGCUUCACGACUCCCAGACCAAUGACUUUGGCUCUCUUUCCUAUUCCCAUCUCGGAGCUUUCAGGUAUUUGGUGAAUGCCAAUGGCAUUUGUGCCGGUUAUUCUUUUCUCUCCGCUAUCAUUGCAGCCAAGGCUCGUGCGGCCACCAAGUGUCAAGCCUGGACUUUCUUCUUCCUUGAUCAUGUGCUCACUUACUUAGUUCUGGCUGCCGGAGCUGCGUCAAUGGAGGUGCUUUAUUUGGCAUACAAGGGCGAUUCAGCCGUAAACUGGAGUGCAGCUUGUGAAUCUUUUGGCGGAUUCUGUCACAAAGCCACAAUUUCUGUUGCCAUUACAUUUGUGGCGGUGACUUGCUAUGCACUCAUUUCACUCAUUUCCUCCUAUAAACUCUUCAGCAAGUAUGACGCUCCUGACCCUGUCGCCAUUCAGACCGCCACCUUCCACGCUUGAUCGCCGGCCAGUCACCGCCACUCACUCUCUCCUUAAUUCACUACCAGCCCUUUUUCAAACUUGGUCUUAGUUUACUGCCGGUCAAUUGUUUAUUGAAUGACAAAGAAGUUACAUGGCUUGUUUGUGACAUUUGAUGGUUAUCAUGUGUUUGGAUUACUGCCUAUGUUUCUUGAAUUUCCAAGCAAUAAUACAAAGACCUAUAUUAGUAGUGAUCU